AUGCCGCCGAUGAGCAGUCUCGCAGCUCCUCCCCCAGCAUUCCCCCACCCGACUGCCCUGGUCCGAACACAGAAGGCACCCACACCCGGCGAUGGCGAAGCACAAGCGCCUCAGGACCCCAAUCUGACAAACCCCCGACUUCUCCUGAACGGGGCCUGCAUCUACGAGCGGCGAUUACCCGGCAACGCCUGCAUCACAGCGCACGUGCAGCGGCUGCAGCACGGGUUCUACGCGAGCCCCGCCGUCUCCGAGCAGGACUACGACCACGUCGACUUCCUCGGCAUCAGCUUCGUCUUCCACUCGCCCAAAACCCUGGCGCACCGGUUCAAGGCUGCUAUCAUCCGAGCGUCGGUGCAGGGCGCGCCCCGGGCCGCCUCCCCGGCGCACUUCCCCCACGGCAACCCGCCAGACGACGCCCCGUGCUUUCUGAGGCACGCGCCACACCUCAUCUACGGGACCGUGUCGCCGGAGACCUUGCAGUGGAAUUACAGUCUGUCCGGGUCACUGGGGAUUGCGGAGCUGCCGCUGAUGGCGAGCCUGUCGCCCGCGGGCGGGAUCAACGGCCGGUAUCGCCGGUACGAGAUGAUGCGAAUCCAGGGCUCGGCGCGCACGCUGAGGAGCCCGCGCGCGGGUGGGUUCGACACCGACGCCGGCGAGAUCGUCUGGUCGCUGGAGGAGAACAACCUGCAGAGAUCGGGGCUGCCACGAGAAUUCACUUUUGCCAUGCUGAUCCACAAACCGCGCGCCGACAGCCGCGUCGUCUUUGCGCUCGAAGUCGAACCUACCCUUCAGUCAUGGUGUGGCAGCUACCCGGCCUGGUGGUUAUCUCUGCCGCAGUACCGGCCUCUGCGUCGGCGGGCGGUGGAUUUUCGAGCGCAGGUAGGACAGCGCUUCGAGCCCGUCACUUCGCACAGGGGGUUCAACUUUGCCACCUUGGCAAGCUCCUUUGAUGAUUAUGUGCGCAUGCCGGGGAAGAGAUUCGUAUGCAGUAUCGCACCUGACGAAGCCCUGCUGCAAGAUGUCAAUGACCCUCAACUCAUCGACCGCGACCACAGUCACAAUCACAAUCACAAUCACGAUUCGGAUUAUACCACCGUCAAACCGCACCGGGGCAUGCCACAACUACCCUACCCGGCGCACACAGACCACACGGAGACCUCCGCCGACACUGCCGCCGCACAUACACCAGCAACAGCACAGUCCGCGAAGACCCGCGCGCACACGCUCAGAUCCAAACCCAGCACAUCAGUCCCAGAUCCGCAGCCGCAGGCACAGUCGCCACACACCCUAAACGUCCGCGUCCACCUAGACAGUGCCCCCACGACGACAAGACGACGACCGCCGUCAGCAUCGGCCUCGAAACGAGCACAGGCACAAGGACAGGCACAAGCACGACACAACCCCGGGACCUCAGCCCGCGAUGCGCGGGGAUCAUUCCCUUCAGCCAGUUCUCAGUCCGCAGCCACACCACGCGCAUCCCUGCGCAGAACAAGAUCGAGGGAGUGGUUAAGGGGCGAUUGA